GCGGUCCGUGCCUUUUCUCUUGAGACCUGGCACAAAAAAAAAGAAAAAGAAAAGCUGUUCCUCUUAGUCGUCAUGAGCCUGACUCCCACUCAGUCCAUAUUGGUCGUUGUGUCAUCUGACAAUGGAAAACAAUAUACCACCGUAUUACCACAGCAUUUCGGAUCCUGAUUCAUCCGUGCCUCCAUCAUCUGACUGGUUCUGGGGUACGGUGCCUGUUAGUCCUGGUAGCUUCCCACCGACGAGCUUUAAUCCAUACGCCAUACCGCCAUACCCAGACAGAAAUGGAUUCCCCACUCAGCAGUCGUCUAGAUCGUCCUCAUCGCGAGACAUUCCUAAGGUGGCCAUCCCUCGGACUACGAUUGUCAAUAGUCACUCCCAGCGUCGCCGAUCCGCACGUGCUUGCGAGCCUUGCCGACAGCGGAAGAUUAAGUGUGAUGGGAACAAGCCGGCGUGUAGGCAAUGUGUGGAGCACAAUGUGAGCUGUUCUUAUCUGGAUGUGAAACGAGUUCGAGACCAGAAACAGCUAGGGGUGUUAGCGAGGAAGGUGCAGCGGUAUGAGAAGCUAUUGGAAGACAUUGAGUCGGAACUUGACGGCGUCCUCGCAAGGCGGAUCAGGAGGAGUCUACAGGGGUCAGAAUCUUCUGCAGAUGAUGACUCCGAUUCCGGCGACGAGACGUCAUCGAUUGGAUCUCUGGACGAGAUUGACCUGAUCGAUGAGGAUCUGAACCGGAACGAGAAGUCGAUAGCCACAGGAUUCUUUGGCAAAAAUUCCGAAAUCUUCUGGAUGCAGAGGCUAGAGGAUGAAGCUGAAGGUCGUAGCCGAUGUCUCGAUGACUCAGGUAUGGCGUUGCACCAAGCUACUUCUAUACAGGAGCCGAAGCAUGACGGCCCCUCUAUAACAGUGAGUUAUCAUCUUGAUGACCUCCAUCUACCAUUGCUGGACUCCGUGGAUGCGUAUGCGCUGCCGUCCAAGGAGCUAGCAGACCAGUUCUUCAAUGCGUUUAUGGAAUCCGUGCAUCCGGCGUUUAUGGUCAUCCGAAGGAGCAUCUUCACUGCACAGUAUCGCCAAUUCUUUAGCCAGCCGUCAAACCCACCACGGCGAUGGCUGGCUAUAUUGAAUAUGAUCUUCGCUAUCGGUUGUCGAUAUUGCCAACUCGUAGAUCAUGCAGGGGCUGGGGACUUAGACGAUCUGCUAUACCUGAAUCGAGCUAGGAAAUUGGCUUUGAGCGGAAACGUGCUCUUUGAACAUGCAGAUUUACAGCAAAUCCAGGUGGAGUUCCUGGUAGCUUUGUACCUGCUGUCAAUGGGCCAAGUCAAUAGAUCCUUCAAAUUCUCGAGCACGGCACUUCGGUCAGCUUUAUCACUUGGGAUCAACCUUCGCUUAGUGGAUGAUCGGACACACUUUACGUCAAAAGAGGCACGAAGCCGCCUGUGGUGGUCUAUAUUUCUUCUCGAGCAUCAACUUACCUCCGUUACGGGGCGAGUCUCCUGCGUUGGUGAGAGCCUGAGCUCCGCACCACUGCCAGUACCAUUUGAAGAGGAUGCUUUCAGUAGACCUGCAGUCCUUCGUCUCUUCCAGGAUCCAUCCAUGCGUGAAAGCCAUCUAAAGCUGACACUACUCCAAACGGAGGAGGAGGCUCGAUCUAGCGCUCAAUGGCUGGUGACGUGCGAGCCCACCCCAUCUCUGUUCUUCCACUGCCUAGUGGACCUCACGAAUAUCACUCAGUCCGUGAUGAACAAAGUAUACAGCAUUCAAGCUUUACGUGAGCCUAGCGGCAAGAUUCACCACCGCAUACGAAAAUAUGACAAGGCCCUGGAGACCUGGUUAUAUAAACUUCCAAAGGCGUUUCGAUUUACGGAGCCACAUGGGGAACAAUUCCGCGUCCCAGAAGCCGAUGGCCCUUUCAUGCGAGAACGAACAUGUCUUGCCUUCAACUUCUACAGCGCUAGGAUUACCCUCUGUCGGCCCUGUGUCUCUCAUGCCAACCUAAAAGUAGGCUCACCUACCCAGCCGGCAAAACCCACGCAUUCUUCUAGCCUUCGCGAUGAAAUGGCCCUUAGCUGUCUGCGCUCUGCCUGCUCCUUGACCUCUAUCCUCCCCGAGGAACCGGACAUCCACUGGGUGGCGCGCGUGACUCCAUGGUGGAUCAUCCUUCACUACCUUAUGCAAGCCAACACCGCUUUACUCCUCGGGCUCUCCUGCUGGACUAUUCCCGAGACCGCCAAGGACACCCUAGCCAUUAACACUCAUACCAUGCUUGAAGCUUGUAAAAAGGUCAUUCGCUGGCUCUACGCUAUGAGCCACACUAAUACUGCUUCGCGACGCGCUUUUGUCUUUUGCGACAGCUUUAUCCGUCGCAUCGCGCCGAGUCUAGGCCUCGAUCUAACCGGCCUCCCGGAUGGAGCAUCUUUGCCUCCAACUGACGAUUCUGUUUGGAUGAUGGAGAACGGGCCGGAAGAAGUUAUUAAAUCUUAACGAGUCAAUCCCCUUUGGAUGUUGAAAAACGGGGUCCGUCUUAUGUAUUAUUAUGUAUUUUUCAUGACUUUGUGAUUCAUGUUCACUAAAUUGUAGACGUGGAACUAAUAUCAAUGUUAUAAGGCUAGUUUAACUGCUAGAUUUAGUGAGUAGAAAUGAAAAGCAAAAUGAUACCAGGCAAUAUAAUUCCCUAUCCAUAACAUAGAUACACAAAAAAUUCAAACCCUCCCCUCCGCUCCCAAAUCAGAACCUACAACGUAGAAACACAUUGAAGAUCAAGAAAAAAGAGUUCGACUCGAAUAAAUUCAGCUAACAAUAAACGCAGAUAAAACUAGCCAGUAAAUCAAUAGUCAACCAGGGCAAACAAAUUUAAGACGUAUGGGGUG